AUGUUCCAAAUGGCGGCGGCCGCGGCAAAGCCCAUGCCAGUGGAGCGGCUCGGGCAGCGCCUGGUGGCGCCGGCGGCUCCGACGCCGGAGAGCCCUCUGCGCCUGUCGUGGCUCGACCGCUACCCCACCCAGAUGGCGCUCAUCGAGUCGCUGCACGUGUUCAAGCCCGACAUGGCCAGGGAGGGUGACAGCCCCGCGAGGGCGGUGGAGCAGGCCCUGGCGAGGGCGCUGGUGGAGUACUACCCGCUGGCGGGCCGCCUCACGGUGACCGACGCCGGCGAGCUGCAGGUGGACUGCAGCGACGGUGGCGUGUGGUUCAUUGAGGCUGCCGUCAGGUGUCGGCUAGAGGACGUGGACUAUCUCGAGUACCCGCUCGCCGUCGACAAGGACGAGCUGCUCCCCCACCCGCGCCCCAAGCCCAGCCGUGAGGAGGAGAGCAAGCUCAUCUUGCUUGUCCAGGUCACGACGUUCGAUUGCGGCGGCUUCGUGGUGGGGUUCCGGUUCAGCCACGCGGUGGCCGACGGGCCCGGGGCGGCGCAGUUCAUGGGCGCGGUGGGGGAGCUGGCGCGCGGGGCGGGCCGCAUCUCGGUGGCACCGGUGUGGGGCCGCGACGCGAUCCCUGAUCCGGCGAGCGCCCUCGUCGGCAGCCUCCCGGACCCCGCGGGCGCCAAGCGGCUCGAAUACCUCGCCAUAGACAUCUCCGCCGACUACAUCAACCACUUCAAGGGCCAGUUCGCGGCGGCCACCGGCGGCGCCCGGUGCUCAGCGUUCGAGGUGCUCAUCGCCAAGGCCUGGCAGAGCCGCACGCGCGCCGCUUGCUUCGACGAGGACUCCCCCGUACACCUCUGCUUCGCGAUGAACGCGCGGCCGCUCCUCCACGCCCGCCUCCCCUCGGGGGGCGCCGGCUUCUACGGCAACUGCUACUACAUCAUGCGCGUCUCCUCCACGGCCGGGAAGGUGGCGUCCUCCACCAUCACCGACGUCGUGAAGAUCAUCAAGGAGGGGAAGAAGCGGCUGCCCACAGAGUUCGCGCGGUGGGGCGCCGGCGAGAUGGGCAGCGUGGACCCGUACCAGAUCACCUCCGACUACCGGACGCUGCUCGUCUCCGACUGGACGCGGCUGGGCUUCGCCGAGGUGGACUACGGGUGGGGCCCUCCCGCCCACGUCGUGCCGCUGACAAACCUGGACUACAUCGCCACGUGCAUCCUCGUCAAGCCCUGGGUACACAAGCCAGGCGCCCGGCUCAUCACGCAGUGCGUGACGCCCGACCGUGUCGCCGCUUUCCACGACGCCUUGGUGGACACCAACUAG